AGUGAACUCUGCGGAGGUGCCACUUCUGCUUUUCAGGCCUUUAUAUAACCUCAACCCUGGUGAAGACUGACACUACAGAACUGACCCUGAGCUAAGCUGAGCAGCCUGCCAGAGAAGAGAGAGAAUUCAUUCAUCUAUUUUUUCAACUUGUAUUGUACCAGUAAAGAUGGUGACCUGUGGAACUCUGGUGAAGAUCUGGACAGCAGCAAUCGUCAUAGCAACGCUGGUCUGGACAGGGACAGAUGGAGAUAAGUUGUCGUCGUGCUGUAAGACAGUGACCAGGAGUGAGGUGACCGAUCCGAUCACAGGCUACUGGACUCAGCACUAUAACGCUCCCUGUGUACGGGCCGUCAUCUUGGAGACGGAAAAGGGCCUGAUCUGUUGUCACCAUAAACAACCCUGGGUACGCCGCAAGAUUCAACAGUUUGAAAUGGCCCGCAGGAGCUCAUCAUCUCCCUCUCUCUCCUCCUCUCCACCCUCUCUCACCUCCUCCCCUACCACUACCUCCUUACCUUCCUCUCCUCCCUCAUCCACCUUUACCUUCUUACCCUCCUCUCCUCCACCUCUCUCCUCCUCUUCCAACUCUCUCACCUCCACCUCUACCUUCUUACCCUCCUCUCCUCCACCUCUCUCCUCCUCUUCCAACUCUCUCACCUCCACCUCUACAUUCUUACCCUCCUCUCCUCCACCUCUCUCCUCCUCUUCCAACUCUCUCACCUCCACCUCUACAUUCUUACCCUCCUCUCCUCCAGCUCUCUCCUCCUCUCCUCUCUCUGUUUCCUCCUCUCUUCAAUCGCUCUUCUCCUCUCUUUUCCCUGCUUCCCCCUCUUCUCCCCCCGUAACUUCCUCUCACCCCUCUCUGUCCCGCUCUCCCUCCUAUCUCCUCUCCUCUCUUUUCCCUGCCUCCUCCUCUCCUCCCUCAAUCACUUCCUCUCCUACAUCUCUUUCCUCCUCCCCUCAUUGGGAAUCAACCGAGAAUGCCUUAACUCAGCAGUCAACAGCCAACCAAUAGAAUCCUUGCCAAUGGCUGAAGUUCCACUAAAGUUCCACUUCCUCAUAUCUAAAAAAACAGACUUCAAUUUGCAUAUUACACUCAGAUUUGAUAUCUUUUUAGUUAUUAUUUUAUUCUGUUGUCAUCAUUAUUUAUGAAAUAUCUUCAAGGCCAGUGUCUCGUGUAUUUAUUAGUUAAUUUCUUCAAGUAGUUAUGAUGACUUUUCAUUAUACAUUACCAAUGAGUUCUUAAUGAGUUCUUAAUGAGUUCUUAAUGAGUUCUUAAUGAGUUCUUAAUGAGUUCUUAAUGAGUUCUUAAUGUUAUUUAACACAUUUAUUUAUUAAGUACUUAUACAUUUAAUUGGUUUCUUUUUGAUCAAUCAACGUUAUUUUAAGAAAUGUUUGUAAGAGAAAUGUCCUUUUCUACUUAUUUAUUCAACAAUAAUGAGUUGUAAAACAUCAGAAAAUGGAUGAAACUGAAAUAGAAAAUAAAAUGAUGGAAAUAUUAUUUUGAGUUGUCAGUCUGACUGUUUUGACGUUGUGGUGCAGACACUAUGCAUUUGCAGCAUCAACUUUUCACACCUUCUGGUGUUCGUGUGUG